AUGAUAGAGUUUGCUCUGCACUACAAUCUUCCACUCCCUCUAUCCACGAAGCUCAAAACCCACCACCCGUACCAAGACCAUGCUCGUUUUCAGUUACUCACUAGUAGGAGAACUCGGUAUCCCGUGAAUUACAGCAACGCCACCGGCGGCCAUGUCAGGACACGAAUUGCCCCACUUGAGGCAGAAGUACACGAAUUCGAAGAAAAUUCAUUCUUUAUGGGAACUGACGAUGACGAAGAGUUCGAGGAGGAUGAAGCCACGUCUUCAUCUUCAGAGUUUCUAUCUCUGAGCGCGAAGCCUGACAGGAACUUGGCGUUGAUGGACGAAAUAGAUUUGUUGCCCGAAUGCGACCCGAACCACCGGAGCGGGUUCGUGGCGGUUGUGGGCAAACCCAAUGUGGGGAAGAGCACGCUGUCCAAUCAAAUGCUUGGUCAGAAAUUAUCGAUUGUCACGGAUAAGGCCCAGACGACACGACACCGUAUUCUUGCUAUCUGCUCCGAUACGGAUUAUCAGAUAAUACUCUAUGAUACACCGGGUGUUAUUGAGAAGAAAAUGCACAAGUUGGACUCGAUGAUGAUGAAGAAUGUCCGAAGUGCCGCCAUCAAUGCAGACUGUGUUAUUGUUGUUGUAGAUGCUACUAAGGCACCUGAAAAGAUUGAUGAAAUGCUGGGAGAAGAAGUUGGGGAACUCAAAGAUAUCCCCACCUUACUUGUUUUGAACAAGAAAGACCUUAUCAAACCCGGUGAAAUUGCAAAGAAGAUUCAGUGGUACGAGAAAUUUACUGAUGUUGAUGAGGUAAUACCCGUGAGUGCCAAAUAUGGCCAUGGGGUGGAAGACAUAAAAGAGUGGAUUCUGUCAAAGCUUCCGUUAGGACCAGCUUAUUAUCCUAAGGAUAUUGCUAGCGAGCACCCUGAAAGAUUUUUUGUGGCCGAAAUUGUCCGAGAAAAGAUCUUUAUGCAAUACCGGAAUGAAGUCCCUUAUGCGUGCCAGGUUAAUGUGGUUAGUUAUAAAAGUAGACCAAACGCAAAAGAUUUCAUCGAGGUUGAGAUUCUUGUGGAGAAGACCUCUCAGAAGGCUAUAAUUAUUGGAAAGGAAGGAAAAGCUUUAAAGCUACUAUCAACAGCAUCUCGGCUUGAUAUCGAGGAUUUCUUGCAGAAGAAAGUUUUCCUUGCGAUUGAUGUGAAGGUUAAAGAAAAAUGGCGGCAAAAUGAAGAUCUCCUUAAAUUCUACGGCUACGGAGGCGAAAUUCAAGUUUUAUGA